CAUUUCGUGAGUUACAUAAUAAUCAGUAUGGCCGGCCGUGGUAAGGGAAAGAGCGCUGGCAAGAAGGCCGUGAGCCGCAGCUCUAAGGCGGGCCUGCAGUUCCCUGUCGGGCGCAUUGCCCGUUACCUCAAGAAGGGCAAAUACGCUGAACGGAUCGGUGCUGGUGCGCCUGUGUACUUGGCUGCGGUGCUGGAAUACCUUACUGCUGAGGUGCUGGAGCUGGCCGGCAACGCAGCUCGUGACAACAAGAAGAACCGCAUUGUCCCUCGUCACAUUCAGCUUGCGAUCCGCAACGAUGAGGAGCUUGGGAAGCUUCUUGGCGACGUGACCAUUGCGUCGGGUGGCGUGCUGCCCAACAUUCACGCUGUGCUGCUGCCCAAGAAAUCCAAGGGGAAGGCUGAGGACGGUUCGGCAGCUGUUUAAAUGACGUGGUUC